AUGUGCAAACUCUGUUUGGUCACAAGGAAGAAGCAGAGGAGAAAGCCAAGGCUGAGCAAGAGCAAAAUUCACAGCCGUUUCCUGCCAUUUGCCUACCUGCAGAAACCAGGAAGGUUAGGCCUGAACCCAAGUCCUUUGACAUGUUUACAUUCUGCAUGUGCUAGAAUGCACUGUUGCAGCCUUCCAACUCCAGGAUAGGAACCAUGUGGCCCUCCAGAGGCUCUUGGACUCUCAACCGUCAGAGAUAAUGGGAACUGGCAGUGCUUUUUUUUUUCAGGGAGAACUCACAGAAACUCAGUUCUGGCACCUUUCAGGUGGGUUCCGGCACCUCUCCAUUGCCAUUCUAAGAGAACCAGAGAGGUGUUCAUGGUGAUUUCCGGCACCUCUUUUUCUAGGAAAAUAGCCGUGGGCAUUGAACAAGGUCAGAAGGGCCACAGGUUCCCAUUGUCUUUCGCUUUUAUUUGUUUGAAAACUUAAGGAGUCUGUUGCCUGCUCAGCUAACUAAGGCCUACAUCGUAACAAUUCAUCUCUUUCAUUAACUUACAGGAACAAACAAUCUGAAAAGUUUGCAAAAACAGAUGCCAGGAUUAUCCAUGGUCACAUGAAAACUUAACAUGGCCUCUUCACAUUCUACAUAUAAAUUCUUCUCCCACUUGAAUCUGCUGAGAUAAAGCAAAGGGAGCAAAGCUUUGCCGUAGCUGUCGAUGCCCUUGGCUGCUCUAGAGCAAGAAUAAAAAUCUUUGAUGGUUGGUCUUUCCAGGGAACAAGAGGAAAACUGAUCAUUAGCCUGUGCCCAAUCUAAACUGAAAGCUAAUGAAAAACUGUAAGCAUUUGAAGUGAAUCACUGUCAGCAGGGGGACUGGCAUUUGUUGUUUAAAUAUAACCCUAGAAGGACUCUUCAGUCCUCUUCAGAUCUAUUUUGUUUGUAAUAAGAAAAUGUAUAGACCAGGUAUCUUCAACCUUUUCAGACCCAGAACCCACUCUGGAGCUAAACAUGUAUUUGGGGACCCAUUUCUUAAUAUUUGACCAUAUAGUUGUAUGCAACGUUCUGAGGCUUGGCAACAGUAAGCUAUAGGAACAGUAUCUUUGGGAGAGCAACAGGACUGCCAAAGCCUCUGACACAUACCUGAGCACAUGCAGAGCUCCAUUAUACUCUGGAACUCCAUGCCUAUUGACACGAGGCAGGAGCUUUCACAGUACGCUUUUCAGCACUUGCUGAAAUUUAUUUGCUUAGGUAAGCCUGUCCAGGCAUGUAGAAUGUUGAUGCAUGUUUUUAGUUUAUUGCUGAUUUAUUUAUUUAUUGAAUUUUUGAAAGGGUAGUUUUUACUGAUAAUUUUAAUGUUUUAUUUUCAUAGUAAACUGCUUUGAGGUUUUUUACAAUCAAGUGGUGCAUAAAUUUUAUGAAGUAAAUAAACAAAUAAAUAGAACACGCCAUAGAUAGAAAGAAGACAUGUACUCCUGAUGGCACACAGGGCUCAACUACACUGUCCUGUGAUUUGUACGCAGGGGGUCUGAGAGGUUUUUCCUUUGUCCCACAGCUUUCCCCAGGAAAACCUGUGGUUCAUUGCUGAAUGGGAAUGAGCAUCAACUGGGUUUUCUGCUGCUUGACUUUGUUCUGAUUCAGCGGUAAAUCAUGGGUUUUCCCAAGGAAAGCAGUGGGACGAAAGAAAAACCUCUCAGACCCCCUGCGUACAAAUCACAGGAGAAAUUGUGGGGCAAAGGGAAGUGUGGAUGAUCCUAGAGUCUCUCACUGUAUAAAGACUGUCCUCCUUUCAUAGCCAGCUGUGUAUGUUUUCUGUCAGAAAAUGGUGGUCCUAAAGCAAAUGGAUUUCCAUUAGAAGUGAAGGGCUGGUGAGCACAGACCCUCACAGUGAAUCCAAGAACGCCUUCUCCUCCCAAAGGCCUUCUGUCAUUCCCAAGGUGAAGCCUCUGAGCUUUUGUUUUGCGUUCCACAAUAGAGGCAAACACUCAUUUAGCAUUGAAACUUUUCUCCUGCUCUGCAUUCCAAUCAGGGAAGAAUUGCCUGAUACACACAGGCUUUCUGCAAGAGCAAGGACCAACCCAGGUCAUGAAGAGAGCCAGCAAAGGCCUCCUGCCCUACACUGCUGCAAGUGCAUGAAACGCGCUGGACGGAUCAGUCCCAGGCUGAGAUCUGAAUCCGAAGGGCUUGGCUGGGCAUGAAGCAACCACAUUCCGUUCUUAUUCUGGUGAACAACUGAAAUCAGAGGAAAAGAACAGGGGGAGGCAGUGCCUCCCAAACCAACUGUGGACAGUUUUUUGCACUCGGGAUUUCACAGCAUCUCCUACCCAAAGUCAACAAACGUUUUAAAGCAUAUGAAUGAGGAAGCGCCAACGCCACUUGGGUACCUGAUAUGUGCCCAUAUCAACAGUCUGGGGGGCUUAUGCUAGAAAUUCUGCUUUCUCCUGCUUUAUUCAAACAGGGCAAGGACGCCCUCUGGUGAGCAUGAUGCACCUCAGCAGUGCUCUGAGGAGAACCAAGGGACCAUUUGGGAUGCUCUCGUGGACUUGCCCUACCUUUGCACAACACACAAUAGGAAUCACACAGAAUUGUAGAGUUGUGAGGGACCAGCAAGCCCUCCUGCUCCUACGCACUCCCAAAAUCUUCCCUGGGAGGUCUCUCAACCCUGCAGAGGUGAUUUGGAGGGUGCAGAGAAGAGGAGGAGAAAGAUCCACUCAGACGUGUAGCCUUCCUAUAUAUCAGGUAGGAGACGCAGUGGGAACAGCUUCAGCCCGCGACGUCUUGCUUUACACCCCACGCUCACACCCCUCAGCCGGGUCCGCCCUGCCCACAAUGGCGGCCUCCUCGCCGCCUUCAGCCCUUUCCCGGGGAGCCACGUGACUGCGGUUUCAGAGCCGUUGCAUCAGCCCUCGCGCCUCGCCAGCGCCGCGCUUCGUGACGUUGACGGGCAGCUGCGUUGAGCAACCGCAGCCCGGCUAUUGAGCCUCAUUGGCCGACGGGGUGGGCGGGAUUAAGGGAAGAAAAAAAACCCCGCAGCAGGUUUGGGUGUGCAGUGGAAGGGCGUCGCUCCGGCUCCGCGUGGAAAGGUUGACUGGAGAGCGGCAGGAAAGGUGCGGAGGCAUUUGGGCUGGAAGGGGGGCUGAAGAGGGAGAGGGCGCUGGCUGGGGGCUGAGGGGUCUUUCUCAUCCGGCAGCGCUGCCCGCCGCCAGCUGGGGCUGUCUGAGGGCCACAGCCGCGGCGAAUUCUGGGAGUCUGGUUCAUGGUUCUGGCGUGGGGUGACAGCCCUGAGUUGAGGCACAGCUGUCUGGCUCGUGGGAUGGGGUCUCUGUAGCCAGCAGUGACUUCAUUCAUUCUGUGGUGUCAGGGUGGAGGGAGGGUGUGUGUGUGUGUGUGUGUGCGCGUGUGUGUGUGUGUACACACACACACACACACACACACAUACACACUCACAAGAACAGAGAGAGAGAGAGAGAGAAAUUAUGCAUUUCUCUGGUUUUUGCUAACUCUGACCCUCCAGAUUUCUUUUUUUGGACUACAACUCCCAUCAGCCCCAGCACCCGGUUGGCAAAGGCGGUCUUUGUCAAAAAGGCAAAAAGUCACCAGGGCAUUGCCUCUGACACACCUACCCUUUGGCAAGCUGUCCCACUUCCCUUCUCCUGCCAACACAGCAAUGAGAGUCUAGCUGCACUUGUGCACCUGGGUCAGAUCUCUAGGGAAGCGGUGAGAGAUCAGGAUCCACCUUGCUCUUGAUGUGCCAAUGGAGGCAACUAGGUUGCCAAGUUUUGACGUGGUGCUGCGGUUAGAUUUUGAUGCGGGGCGCCUGGUCAUCUGUAUUCACCUGGUAAAUUAAGGUUUUUUAUUCUGGCAUCUGUCUUGUGGUCGGGGCCAUUUGUUUGCCUUGCGUAGGCUCUGGUCUUUCUUAUUUUCCUUGAAGGAUUCCCUGUAAGAAUUGGAAGUAGGGUAGUAGUUUUCCUCACAGAGAUAGGGUAGUGCUAAUGUGCUUCUGUAGAAGGAUUUUAUGGGUGAGUUUUGUUCAUACCCGGUUUUAGUAUUGGAAGGAAUUUUCCAACUCUGUAUUUAGCUGAUAAGCCUGGCUAUGAAUUCACCUUCCCCUCCAAGCCCAGACCUUUAUGUCAGUUCUGCAGGCACCUUGUGGGUGGUUCUGGGAUAGCCUGGAGAGUUGUUUAGCUUUCCUUGUAUUUGCCAGAUUGUAGCAGAGAUCAAGGGUGAGAUCUGUUUUCUCUGUCCCUCUUCCAGAUAGCUAUUCCCUUCCCCAUAGCUGCUUCUGGCUGGCCCUCUUGCUAUACAGAAGUCAGAUGUGUGGUGGCAGCAUUAUGAAUGUGGCAAAAGGGCGCAAGGAGCAGCCAGGGGUGUCUGGGUAGAAGGGACUGCCUUACCAAGGCCUUGCAGCUGCCAUAGGCCAAUUGCUGUUUUUUGUUCUCUGGGCUGGAUAACUGCUCUCCCAUAGUGGUUUUUUCAAAGAAAAUAGGGAACGGACAGUACUGUACGUUUAUGUUUGAACUAUAUGUUUAAAGUAAUGUCUUAUCACUUUCAGCAGUCAUGGCUUCCCCCCGAACGAUCCUGGGAGCUGUAGUUUGUUAAGGGUGUUGAGAGAUCUUAGACCACAUUCCCCGCACAGAACUACAUUUCCUAGAGUUCUCUGGGAAGAGGGCCUGAUAAACUACUCCGGUGAUUGUUGUGAUGGAUCAAGCGACUCUUAGCACCCUUAACAAACUACAGUUCCCAGAAUUCUUUGGGAGAAGUCAUGUGUUGUUAAUAUGAGACUAUUUUAAAUGUAUACUGCAGAUGAGGCCUAUGUAAAUUCAUAAGCAGCACUGCCUGAGGCUGGACUAAGCUGUCCCGGUGUGGUGGGAGGGCUUUUAGUUGACCUUAGAGAUCAACAUGGGGAAAACUUCCCCUCUUCCAGUAUAGCUAGGAGACAAGCUGUCUGGUGACUGAUGGCCAGGCUGCCUUGAAUUGUGUCAGGGUUGCACCCUCAAGCCGGAAGCCAUUGGAGGGUGUCCUUGGCGGCAACUGCUGAGAUCUGAAUUCUAACUUGAGCUGCUCCAGCUGGUGUUGUAUGUAGGAUUUUCAGCAUUGCCUUGAAGUGCUUUCUUUCUCUCCCCGCCCCCUUUUUUUGUUCUCCCCAGUGUGAGUGGUGAUCCCAAGAUGGAGGUGACGUUAACAGCCAGUGAGAUCCGCCAACGGUUCAUCAACUUCUUUGUGGAGAACCAGCACACCUAUGUGCACUCCUCAGCCACCAUCCCCAUGGAUGACCCGACUCUGCUCUUUGCCAACGCCGGCAUGAAUCAGGUCAGACACGACAAACGUUUGCAGAAUUAUGUAUGGUUUGGAGAGAGUUUCCUCCCCUGGCUUAGGUAAAGGUAAAAGACCCCUGGACAGUUAAGUCAAACUAGACUAUGGGGUACAAGCCAAGGGAACCAGCGUUUGUCUGCAGGCAGCCUUUCCGGGUCAUGUUGUCGGCAUGACUUCUGGUGCAGUGGGACACUGAAGAGUGCCAGAGCGCAUGGUAACGCUGUUUACCUCCCUAUUGCAGUGGUACCUAUUUAUCUACUCUCGCUGGUAUGCUUUCAAACUGCUAGGUUGGUAGAAGCUGGGACAGAGCAAUGGGACUUCAGUCCGUCACACAGAUUUGAACCGCUGACCUUCCAAUCAACAAGCUUGAGAGGCUCAGUGGUUUAGACCACAGCGCCACCCGUUCCCUUUUACAUGCCUAGGACUAGGGGGUCGACCAAUGGCACUGAUCAUCUGUAGGUUUGAAGCAGACAAAAGUGCCAUUUGAUCUCUUGGGUCCCUGUUGGCACGUUUGCCUGACGUCCCUCUUCUGCCUAGAGGCUGAGCUGAAGGCAGUCUUCUUCUUCUUCCUUCUCUCCCAGUUCAAGCCCAUCUUCCUCAACACAAUUGACCCCUCUCACCCCAUGGCAAAGCUGACCCGAGCAGCCAACACUCAGAAGUGCAUCCGGGCUGGUGGGAAGCACAAUGACCUGGACGACGUUGGCAAGGACGUCUACCACCACACUUUCUUUGAGAUGCUGGGCUCCUGGUCUUUUGGAGAUUAUUUCAAGGUGAGGGCAUUGCCAGUGGCCUUUGCCUGUACAAACGCAGGUAACCAGCUGGUAAAAUGUUUGGCAAAUGUGCAUAUUUUAAAAUUAAAGCCAUUCACGCUCUGCUGCUGGUGGUGGUGCUGCUGGCAGAUCAUACAUCUAGAGGUUAUGCUGGUUGAAAUGUUUGUUAUGGCAGAAUUAGGAAUGGUUUGGUAACAGUUGGAGUAGCAGAGGGCAAAGAAAAAAGUGGGGUCUUAAUGAGUGGGUGGUGGCCAGUGAGAGGAAGAAGGUAAGAGUUGGGAGUAGACAGGGAACUACAGUGCAUAGAUGCUGCCCUUCCAGUGGCCUCCUUCCCCUUAGAAAUCCUGGGCAGCUCACCCUGCCCACCCUCAGUCUCCUGCACACAGCUGCAAGUUCUUCUCUCUGGUAUGAUCAAUAUCUGGGCUGUAUUACUUCAGGAUCUAGGUGUAGGCUUACAUACAUGGUUGAAUACUUUCGCAUAAAGAGAGGAAAACAAUCCUUGUGCGUAGAAAACUAGCAAAUCAGGAGGAACGCUAGGCUAACAACUUGCCCCUUUAAUAGAGAAUAUUUUCAGUGGAGGAAUAUUGCCAUGUGUGUCACCAACCUACAAUCAGAAGUGGUGCCCGAAACCUGCUUGCUGGUUUCCUACAAGCAUCUUAAUGGCCACUGUAAGAAAAGGAGCAUCACUGAUUCAGAGUUCUGGCUGGCAGUGGCUGCUGUAGAAUUUAAGGCUCAUAUCUGAAACUCGUCAAAGAAGUUAGUAUGUCAUUGUCCAUGUCAAGACCUUCCCAUCCCUGUUUUUUUCUUCCUCUCAGGAGCUGGCUUGCAAGUUUGCCCUGGACCUGCUCACCAAAGAGUUCGGCAUCCCCAUUGAGAGGCUGUAUGUCACAUACUUCGGUGGGAAUGAAGCUGCUGGCCUGCAACCAGACUUGGAUUGCAAGCAAAUCUGGCUGGAUCUAGGGUGAGUUUGGGACAUCCAAAGGAUAUAGGAAGAGCUGCCUUUGUCUGCCUUGAAGUCUGGGAAUUGCACUCGACACCCACUCCCUGAAUGGCAAGAGAAGGGGCCAUCAGGAUGAUCCCAGGAUUUCUUUGGUGUCUUCCACAAAAAAACAAAGAGGGCAAAGAAAAUGCAUUGGUGCUCAAGCAGAAAUCCAGAAAUCCUAUUUAUAAAAUGCCUUUUGAUGUCUCCAAGCAUUGCCAUGACCUGAAUUUCAAGGGCAACCAAUAUCAUACGGGGUUUGGAAAAUGAGACUUAUGAGGAAUGGUUGAGGGAGCUGGGUAUGUUUAGCCUGAAGAUGAGGAGGUUGAGAAGUGACAUGAGAGCCAUCUUCAAAUAUCUGAAGGCUGUCACUUAGAAAGUGGAGCAAGCUGGCUUUCUGUUGCUCUAGAAAGUGGGGUGGGGGACCGAGCCAAUGGAAUCAAAUCAAAGGUUAAGAAUAACUUUCGGACAGUAAGAGCUGUUCAACAGGUUGGAUGGCUAUCUGUCAGGGAUUCUUUAGCUGAGAUACCUGCAUUGCAGGGACUUGGACCAGAUGACCCUUGGGUCCGCUUCCAACUCAACAGUUCCAUGCGUCUAUGCUUCUCUCUUCUAGUCAAUGGCUAUGUUUGGACUUCAUGCUUAACUUUGAUUGAGCAAGGUUGCGAAUGAGCCUAAUCUUUCCCCAUGUGGCCUGGAGGUGGAGUUUGGAAGCUUUCACCUUCACUUCAGAUUAGCUGCAGCUUAGCGUGUUGUCUGGACCUACAACUAUGUGUUAAUCUUAACUGUGAUUAGUUUAAACAAGGCAACGUAAUAAACCAUGAUUUUAAACUACAGUGGUACCUCGGGUUAAGUACUUAAUUCGUUCCGGAGGUCCGUACUUGACCUGAAACUGUUCUUAACCUGAAGCACCACUUUAGCCGCGCCACCAGAGCACGAUUUCUGUUCUCAUCCUGAAGCAAAGUUCUUAACCUGAAGCACUAUUUCUGGGUUAGCAGAGUCUGUAAACUGAAGUGUAUGUAACCCGAGGUACCACUGUAAUAGUUAAGAUUAACCAUAGUUUUUAAGGUUCAGAUACAACAAACUGUGGUCAAUCAAAAGUGAUUUUUUUCUUUCUUCCUGAGCGAGGAGCGGGAGCAUGAGUCUUGGAGAAGGCUAGGCUUGUCUGCAUCUUGCUAAGCCAUAGUUUAGUGUGGCCUCUACAUGCAGCCAGAGUUGUAGGUUCAUUAAUAUGAUGAAGCUGACAGUGAUACUUUUUCAGAUGAUGUUACCUGGGCAAGUCAAAGAGUUCAAAUGGCUCGUAUGUUGCCUGUUCAAGGAACCUGUAACUUGUGGAAUUCCUUGCAUCACUGGCCAUUUCCUUCUUUGCAGUUUGGCGGAGAGUAGGAUUCUUCCGGGCAGCAUGAAGGAUAACUUCUGGGAAAUGGGAGACACGGGGCCAUGUGGACCUUGCAGCGAGAUGCACUACGACCGAAUCGGAGACAGGGAUGCUGCCCAUCUCGUCAAUCAAGAUGAUCCCAACGUGCUGGAGAUCUGGAACCUGGUGUUCAUACAGUACAACAGGUGCUUCAAGAAUUGUUUUCCUUUCCUAUAGCACGGUGGCAGUGCAGUAGGAGAGCAGGUGCUUUUCGUACAAAAGGUCCCAGGUUCAAUCCUUGGCAUUACCAGGUGGGGUUGCAAAAGAAAACCCAGAGAGCCACCACCAGUCCCCAGAAAAAAGAUGUUUCCGGGGACUGGCGGUGGACCAGUGGUCUGACUCUGUUCAAGGCAGCUUCCUCUUUCCCUUUUAUGCCUUUCACCUGUGGUGUGUUACCUCUCCCCCUGCUUUGCAUGGACUCCACAUCCAGUGAGGAAACUUUCCUGUCUUCACAGAUUUAGGUGUUGAGCAUAGUGGCCUGGAUCAUGGCUAUUUAUUCCUCACCCUUCAUUCCUAAGAAUUUUGUCCUGAUCUUUGCAGCAGUACAGCAGAUGCUAGGGACGGAUUCCAAAAUGAUAUAUAAAUAAUGUCUGAGAAAACAGCUUCUCCUCAAUCAGUACAGUAGGACAACCAUAUACUGGUUGGUUGUGUGAGGGAGGGUUCUGUGUUGCUUUUUUCUGCAAAGGCUGUGACAGGAUGCUUCGAAACCAGAGAAGCUCCCAUUUGCGCUCUACUUUUUGUUACUUUAAUUGGUUGUGGAUCUCUUCAUCCAAACCGGGAAAACUAUGAUGAGCGGCUUUAGAACAAGCCUGGAUAUGAAGAUGUGGUUUGAGCUUGGGUUGAUCUCCAGGUUUGUUCCAGAGCUGUUAAGAGUAAAUUUCUGGUUUGGAUGAAAUGGGAAACUGUCAUCAGGGGAGAUGCUUUGAUCCAUUUCCACGCUUGAGCGAAUGGGGUGAGAGUGCAGGCGAAAGGCUCAUUCACCUCUUUGCUUAUUAAGCUUGGACACAUGAGCAUCUGAACCAGCCCUCUGUUUGCAUUAUUCUGUGUGUAUCAUGGAGCGUUUUUCUUCCUCUCUCCUGUACCAGAGAGGCUGAUGGGACCCUGAAACCUCUUCCCAAGAAGAGCAUUGACACAGGCAUGGGUCUGGAGAGGUUGGUGUCGGUGCUUCAGAACAAGAUGUCCAACUACGACACAGAUCUCUUCGUGCCCUACUUUGAAGCUAUCCAGAAGGUACCUGCCCAGAUGUGCUGCGAGAAAAUCUGUCAAUAUGUGGAUUCUCUCUAGAUGGAGAGCAUCUCGCUGCCCUGAGGCCUUCCUGGCUCAGGGACAUAACAACAUUCACCUUCCUCCCACUGAAUUUCACAACUCGCAGCGUUUUCUUAUCUGCCUCCUGGUAGCUUUCCUCUGCUCUCAUGUGUGGCUGACUGACCUUUGCUGCUGCUGUUUCUGCAUCAGGUCUUGGCAGCUAGAGCAGUGAGGUAGAAGGAACUCCAGCACUAAACCUGAUUCUCUCUAGAUGCUUCCCAAGUCCCAUCAGCCAUUUCAGGGUCCUUUCAGUGCUUUUUAAUACAUGCAGAUCUUCUAAAAUUUAUACUAACACCUCAAUUUCUCCAGUUCCUGGUGGCAUUACAUUGUAUGCUUUACCUCUGUAAUUGAAGUGGGGAGCUGGAUCUGGCUGGUGGGCUGGAGCCUUACCUCUCCUGCCCCAAACGGGCCAACUUGACAGCUGGGCAGGGUCAGUCACCUGGCAUCACAGUGGCAGCAGGUGACAGGAGGCAUUCAGCUGAUCAGUGGUGCCAGCAAACCCGGCGCUCUGCAGCGAUGCAUGUCUUUACCUGCCUUCAUUUGAUGCCAGGUCUCAGGUGGGUGGGUGUGGCUUGGCCGAAGCAGCCUCAUGGGCCAACUCUAGCCUUGUAGGUUAGAGAUCUCCCACUGCUGCUCAGAGAGGAUGAUUUUGUAGCUCUCUGUUAGAUGAUUGUGGCUGCAUUUGUCUUAAUCUCUACCCUGAUAAUGGUGGUUUGGGGUUUUCUAAAAAGAAUUCUUAUGCUGCUAUUUGACAUGGGGUUCUGUCGGAUGUGUAAUUUUAAUUUCAUUGCCCAUUGCCCAGAGAAGCUUGAUUAUGAGGCGACUAACAGUAAUAAGCAAAGGGUCAGAGAAUCUUAGACGAAAAACCUGUAAUGCCUGUAAUCUCCAAGACCUGCUCUGAUUCCUUAACCAUUUCAUUUCUCUUUCAUCUCUUGGACGUCACCUACAUGCCUUCUUCCUUGUAGGGCACUGGCUGCAGGCCCUACACCGGGCAGGUCGGGGAGGAUGAUGCUGAUGGCAUAGACAUGGCCUAUCGUGUCCUGGCUGACCAUGCCCGAACCAUCACAGUGGCUCUUUCAGACGGUGGAAGGCCUGAUAACACCGGCAGGGGGUGAGAGAGUGGGCUGUGUGGAGCUUUGUGGUGAGGGGCUGGGUAAGAAAGGAUGUAGCAUCUGUGGCUAAGCUGAUUAGGGUUGAAAGUCACAGUCAGGACCAGCCCUGCCAAUAGGCAGAUUGAGGAAACUGCCUUGAGUGGCCAAUGUGGGAGGCGGCUGCCUUCCGUUUCCUCAUCUUUAGCACCCCAGCCAUUCCCUUCUGUUGCCACAUUGUCUGACCUGGGAACCCUAAUCUGGCCUGUUGUCUUGUGGGAAUGGGGUUACCCUGAUAUGGGUUGCUGGUCUGAAGAUGACAAAAAGACGUGUUAGGAGCCCUUGGUCUUGUCAGGAAGGACUGGAUCCUAGUUUAUGUGUGGAUUCACAUUAUGUUUCUCAAACUUGGGUCCUCUGGCUGUUGUUGAAGUACAACUCCCAUCAUCCCUAGCAGGGACCAGUGGCCAUGAAUGAUGGGAGUUGUGAUCCUACAACAGCUGGGACCCAGGUUUGCGAAACAAGGGUUAGAGGCCCAGGACGAGUGGGCAGAGUCCUUUGUGCUGCAAAAAGUUGGGGGUCCCUGAGGUGUUUUCCAGAGUGUAGGGCGCCACUAAGACCAGCCUCUGCCGUCUGCUCCCCUUGCAUAGGUAUGUUCUGAGGCGCAUCCUCCGACGUGCUGUGCGCUACGCCCAUGAGAAACUCAACGCCCCCAAGGGAUUCUUUGCCAGCCUGGUGGACGUGGUGGUGCAGUCCCUGGUAAAUCUGUAGUCCUGUCCCCUUUCCUUUGCCUUUGAAGCUUCCAGGUUUUGGGAGGGAGGGAGAGAGGCAGGGAGCUGCUUUCGCUUAGCUAACAGCUCCUGUUCCUCUCAGGGCGAUGCCUUCCCUGAGCUGAAGAAAGACCCUGAGAUGGUGAAAGACAUCAUCAAUGAAGAGGAGGUGCAGUUCCUGAAGACACUCAACAGAGGGCGCCGCAUCCUCGACAGGAAGAUUCAGAGCUUGGGAGACGGCAAGACUAUUCCUGGUAUGGCCCAAGGCCAGCAACUCCUGUGUGGAAAUGGCUUUGAUGCUAGGAAGUGAGCCAAGCCGCCUGCUGCUUGGGAAAUUCAACUCAUUGACUGGGUGGGGCUGGAGGAGAAUACCCAUUUCUCACUGCAAGCAUUGUGAUGAAUUAAGUAGAAGGUGGUGGUUUGAAGGAGGGAGAGAAACGGGUCCCGCUUACAGUGCAGAGCUGGGCCAGGCCACAAGAGGACAACCCUCCUUUCCCUUGUGGGGCCAAGUGAGGGCAAGGCUUUGCCUGUUUCCCCCAGCCCUGUGUGUUUGCAUGGAGCAGAUUAAUGGGAGAGAAUCAUUCCCCUCUUUCUCUCUUGCGCAGAAUUUUGGAGGAGAGGAGACAGUGGCUGCUUCUCCCGCUCUUUGUUCCUUUCCUUAUCCAAACCUCUUCCCAAGCGAAACAAGUUCCUUGCUCGAGUUGCCCUGGUCUACCUGAAGGCUUAAGGAGUCAGCAGUGAAGAGAAAUGGGCGCUUGGCCAGGAAGGCAGGGCGGCUGUGGCUUGCUAGUAAUGAGACCUGCAGAAACCCCGCAAGAGGGAGCAUGAGCUGAUCAGAAGCUGUGCUGCAGGUUUAACUCUUCUGCAAUCCUCUUCCUCCUCCAGGAGACACUGCGUGGUUGCUCUACGACACCUACGGUUUCCCUGUGGAUCUGACCGGCCUCAUUGCGGAAGAGAAAGGCUUGAAGGUGGACAUGGAGGGUUUUGAGGAGGAGAGGAAGUCUGCCCAGGUAGGGCUUGGUCAUCGCCAACUCUGAACACAGUAUAUGUAUUGAUGCAGAUAAACAUCAUAUGUAGACAGCUAGAGGCACAAGUAGAGCCAGGCAGGCAUCCGUCCACUCAGUUGCAACGGGUUUCGGUUGUCCAGUUGGCCCUUUGAUUUCCAAGUCGCUCCACACAAGGUACUUCUAUUCCUGCUAUUACCACAUUCUACUGCAGCUUCCAUUAGUCAGCUUUGCACAGGAAAGGGCGGGUGAUAGCAGCAUUUGUAGCAGGCAAUUCAUAUCCUCAGAAGCCAGGAAGGGUGGCAGGGCAUUGCUUGGAUAAAAAGGCUGUGAGAGAUCUUUGCCUGGGACCUUGAGGAAGGCUGCUGCCUGCCAUGGUAGGCAGCUUUGGGCUCAGCCUUCCCCAACUGUGUGCCCUUCAGUUCUUCAGUCCUGACGGCUGCCCAUGCUGGCUGGGGCUGAUGGGUUUUGGUGUUGAAUAACAUCUGGUGGCCCACAGGUUGCCUGUACCUGAGGUGGUUGCUUUUAUGCCAAGGGCUUCUUGGCCUGCUUUUCACCCUCGAUUUGCUUACAUUCCCAGCUCAAGUCUCAGGGCAAGGGAGGUGGCGAUGAAGAUCUCAUCAUGCUGGACAUCUACGCUAUUGAAGAACUCCGGUCCAAGGGCUUGGAGGCCACAGAUGACUCUCUAAAAUACAACUACACAUCAGACCCCAGUGGCAGUUAUGGUGGGUUCUAAGUAGCUCCCUCUCGUCCAGCACAUUGUUUUUUGAUGCAUUGGAACAUGUCAGAAGGAACUUGCUUGUCAAUAUUUUUUAUACCUAAAACCCAUUAAUAAUUGAGGAAUGUGAACCAAAAAGCUUAAUGUUGAAAUGAUAGGUUUUUUCGUUAUUAAUUUUUUUGUGAGUAAGUUGACAUUAGGAGAUUUCGGUUCAGAAUUUUCUUCUCUGUUUAAUUUUGUGACUGUUUAUAAGGGGAAGGGUCAUGGUACAGGCAAGAGGCUCUUGCUUUGCUAACUCCCACUUUUCUUUUCUGAUGUGCAGAGUUCAGUAGUGCGGUGGCCACUGUCAAAGCCCUCCGCCGGGAUAAGGCCUUUGUGGAGGAGGUGUCCACGGGCCAAGAGUGCGGGGUUGUCUUGGACCACACCUGCUUCUACGCUGAGCAGGGCGGGCAGACGUACGACGAGGGCUACCUUGUCAAGGAGGAUGAAGGCAGUGAGGAUGUACGUUGGGCUCGCUGGCCUGCUUGGGAGUCUUGGGGCUUGGAGUCUGGUGGCGGGAAGGGCUUUGGGGGCUUUUGAAAUUGGUGGCAUGUUGCCUUAUUUUGCCCCAGAAUAGUGGCGGAGGAUUGCAGUGUGAUCCGGAAUAUAGCAUUCCAACUUUGCCUAUAUCUGUGUCCCUUGUUAAACCUGCCUGGUCUGGAAAGUCUGUGUCAGUUGUUCGAGAUGGAGAGGUGGUGACUAUUGAGAGAUCCAUGUAUGUGUCGGCACCUCAUGUGUUGAAUGCACUCCAAGCGUGUGAGGUUGCCAGCACAGUCAUCCUCUAGAUGCUGAGGCAAGAGCAUCUUCACCAGGAUUUCUGGUGCUUACAAGUGCAGCUUCUUCUCUUUCCCCUUUUGAAAACCAUGUCCUGCUCUUUGGUUGAUUGUUGCUUUCAUUUUUACGUCUCCCCCCUUUUUUUUUCUCCCGCUUUUGUAAGCAUAGUAAGUUUUCGCAUGAUUUUUUAAAAAUGUCACUGAUGUUUUUUACUUUCGUAAGUCGGUUUGUGGAUUUGUGAUGGAGAAGCAGCACGAUCAUAAGCAUUUAAAAUCCAGUGCAUCUCUGCUGGUGGUGCUUGGUGGGAAGAAAGAGCCACCCUGCCCUGGUCUUGGGCUCCCAUUCCUGCCUUUGCCAAUCGUCAGCUCUUGUGUGCCUUUGGUUUUUUCAGAAGACAGAGUUCACGGUGAAGAACGUCCAAGUGCGCGGAGGUUAUGUGUUGCACGUGGGCACCGUCUAUGGGAGCCUGAAGGUGGGAGACACUGUGCGGCUGUACGUUGAUGAGGUGAGUGGUUUGUGGAUUUGACACUGAAGGCGUUUCGGACUAAAAUCCCACCCUUUCUGUGUAUUCAGUCAUUCAUUACAUUCUUUUUGCUUCUUACACGCUGGGUUUUAUUGCAUUCCAAAUUGUGGUGCAAUAAAAUAAAAUAUAAGAAACAAAAGAAUCAAGAAAAAUCAUCCUGGAUAUUGAAUGCAAAUAUUGAGUGAGCCACCUCCCAUCUUCUUCCACAAAUCCACAGCCCUGAACGAAGCUGGUGGGUGGGCCACAAUCUGAUCCCCGCGGCUUUUAGCCACUAGUGGAGGGGGAACGGCCUCCUCUUUCCUCCUCCCUUCUCUGCUCACCUUCGUCUCUUCCUCCCCCCACAGCCCAGGCGGCGGCCCAUCAUGAGCAACCACACAGCCACCCACAUCCUCAACUUUGCCUUACGCGCUGUGCUGGGGGAGGCUGACCAGCGAGGCUCCUUGGUGGCUCCAGACAGGCUGCGCUUUGAUUUCACAGCCAAGGGAGCCAUGUCCACCCAGGAAAUCAAGAAGGCGGAAGAAAUUGCGAAUCAGAUGAUUCAGGAAGCCAAGGUAGGAGGGGAACUUGGUAUGGCUGGUGCGUGCGUGCUUGUCUCUCUCAUGGGUGGGAAAUCUUGGGCCCAGGGACAAAAUGCAGCCCUCUCAGCCUCCCUAGCUGGUCUUUGGGACCGUCCCCAGUCCUGCUUUGCCCCCUCUUGCGGUGUCUUCACCUGGCUGAAAUGGUUCUCUGUGACCAAGGCUCCUGCUUCCCUGGGUGGAGAGGAGCAUGUGUAGAAACCAGCCUCCUGCACGGAGGUAAAAUUUGUGUUCACUGCACUGCCCAUUCUUUCCUCUGGCUCUACCCAUUGCUGCCUUGUGGCCUCUGGAAGAUUGCUAGAAGGCAAUGCAGCCCCUUGGGUGAAAAAGGUUCCCCACUACUGUUUUGAGGAUGCUGAGAACUUCCAGGUCCUGUUCUUGGAGCCUCCAAAUCUUUGACAAGAGGCCACAGUGACAGGCAUUUCCAAAGAACGCUCCUUCUUUGAGCCAGAAACCCACUUGUGGCAUGGGCUUUUCCAUUCCCUUUUAUGCAACAGAACGAAUGCCUGAAUAGUAAAAUACGGCAUUUAUCUUCUGAUAUUCCCAUUAUAUUAUCUCAGCAAUCCUUACAGCAAUCCUAUGAGGUGUAACAGUAUUAUCCCCACAUGCUUCAUUUACUCUUCCCCUGCUUUUUACCUGUGCAUAUGUUUGUUUUAGACCAGCCUGCAGUCUGAUCCAGCAAGACUCUACCUGUGCUCUUGCUUGCCCUUAACUUCUGUUAACUUCUGUGGUCUGCUCCCCAGGUCGUGUAUGCCAAAGACUGUCCCUUGGCAGCUGCCAAAGCCAUCCAGGGCCUCCGUGCAGUGUUUGAUGAGACGUACCCUGACCCCGUGCGUGUGGUCUCGAUUGGCAUCCCCAUCGAGGAUAUGCUGGCUGACCCCUCCAGCGGUGCGGGUGCCAUGACGUCGGUCGAGUUCUGCGGGGGAACGUAAGUCUGGCAGGAGCGCUUGGGACGGAGGAGGGUUCCAGAUCCAUAGCAAGAGAGCUGCCCUGCCAAAUGGUGGACCCAGGGGAGUGCCUGUUGCUUGUUCUCCUUGGUGCUCCACACAGCAAAGGGUGGGUCGAAGGGGGUCUUCGCCUGUACCCAAAGCUCAGGCUGCCUCACUCCUUCCCAGAACCCAAACCCCAUUAUCUGUCUCCCUCUCUCUGAAACCAAGCUCCCUCAGUUGCCAAGUCAGGAGAUACUUGUAAAUGUCUGCGGCGUUUCUCAGUCGCUGAUAUUUUCACAGGCACUUACAGAAUUCUGCUCACGCCAGUCACUUUGUCAUUGUGUCCGAGGAAGCAAUUGCCAAGGGCAUCCGGCGCAUUGUGGCUGUCACCGGAGCAGAAGCACAGAAGGUGAGCAGGUGCAGUAGGCAAGGAUCAAGCUGUGGGUGAGAUGGGGAAAUAAAAUAUGGGGUGGGGACCUGCAAGCCUGGACACUAAGUACGGCUGGGCAGCCUUCUCUGUCUGGCCCCGAGAACACUUCCCAGGCCACACACCGCAGUGACCCUGCUACACUUGUGGGAGAGUAAAAGUCACUGUUUCUUUCCAAUGCCACCUCAAAAUCCUGAACCCCCUUUCUCUUCCCAAGGCACUGAGGAAAGUUGACAUCCUUAAAAAGCUACUCUCUGACCUGGAAGACAAGGUGAAGGUCCAGACAGCCCCCAACAAAGAAGUCCAGCGCGAGAUCGCAGACCUUGGCGAGGUACGAGAGCAGGGGAAGGGGAGAAGUGGGAUCAGCCCCUUUUCCCCAAAUUCCCAAGUCGGUAGGGUCACUUGAGCACUGCUAUCAGGAUGCUGGUCUAGAUAGGCCACUGGCCCAUUCCAGCAGACUCUCCUUUUGUUCUUAAAUGUGGAAGGCACCGAACAUGCUGGGAACACAACAAAUUAUUUGUCGUUUGUGAAACGUGGGCUGUGGCUUCAGUGCCGCCUUCUGGUUGCAGGUGCUGGCCACCUCCGUCAUUCCCCAGUGGCAGAAAGAUGAACUCCGAGAGGCCCUCAAAGCCCUGAAGAAGGUGAUGGACGACCUCGACCGUGCCUGCAAAGCAGACAUCCAGAAACGAGUGAGUUCUCCCAUCCCACUGUCAUAGGCAAAGGGAGUGGAAAUGGGUAGAAAUGGCAGGGUUCCCUUUUUGAAAGCACAUGCAAGCAGUGAUCAGGAAAGGGGGGCCCCUUCGCUCAGACCAUUUUAAAAGGGAAAUGAGGCUGCUCCUAUCUGUUGUGUGACUUCAGCCUCCAGCCACUGCUUAAGCCCAGCUCCAGCUUCUCCCUCUCUCUGGAGGGAAGAGCCUGGACCACCAGAGCGAACUGUGAGGUCCACCCACCCACCCAACUCUCAUACACCUGCUGCGUAGUCCAAACACAGCAGAUCUUUUUGCCAGAUUACAGUUGCUGCCAGCCAAGUGUUUGCCUUGGCCAAAGAGCAAUGUGUGCAUUUCCACACACCUGCAUCCUUAUGCCUGACAUGCUGCUUGUGUUUUUAUGUUCUCUGCAGCACAGAAGAAGCAUCUCUUUGCAUUUGAGAGGAGCUUUCCCUUUCUUUCCCCACUCCCAUCACCAGCAUUCCUGAGCCUGACCUCUCUUUGUUCCUUCAGGUUCUGGAGAAGACGAAGCAGCUCAUCGAGGCUCACCCCAACCAGCCACUGGUCAUUCUGGAAAUGGAGAGUGGUGCUUCUGCAAAGGUAUCCCCCAAGUCCCUUCUCGUUGCCCUUUUCACAGGGGGCGGAGGUGCAUUGGGCAAGGAGGGAACCUGCGCAAUUUGCUGUGUCUGGAAGCAAGUUGCUCCUGUCAAACCACUGGGAAUUGCUGAUCUUCUGCAAAUUGCCCAAAGAUCUGAGAAUUGGACAUGACUGCAUAGCACAUGCUCUCUGUAACCACACCUGUGUCUUUCCGCAGGCACUUAAUGAAUCUCUGAAGCUGUUGAAGACUCAUUCACCUCAGACAGCAGCCAUGCUGUUCACCGUGGAUAAUGAAGCUGGCAAGAUCACCUGCUUAUGCCAAGUCCCUCAGGUAGACCUGGGGUGGUUUGGGGAUGGGAGUGGGGAUUCAGCACUCUUGGGGCACCAACUGACCAGGCAGAAGGUGGUAUUUAUCUAAGCUUUAAUCAGAGUAGCCCCACUGAAAUUAAUUGGCUAAACUUGGUCAUGUUCAUUAAUUUCAGCAGAUGUAAUUUGGGUAACUGGCUCUGCUUCAACUGUGAGGAGCCUCCAAUCCCAGCCACUUUCCCCUGAGACCUUUAGAGGAGAAAUAGAAAGGUUCCUCACCUCUGGUCUCAACAUUCUUUGUCCUUGGAGGGUGUUAAAGACAGAAGCUUUCCUACUCCUAUAGAAUCUGGCGUCUUGUCUGGAAGCUUUGUAGUAAGGAGUGUGCACCAACCAGAAAAUCCAGUUUGGACUCCCAAGUUGGCACUUCAGAAGACAGCUCACCUCGAUCCAAAGCGCUUUGGAAGUUAGCAGAUUUGGUACCAGUGUGAGGCAGAUUGCAUUUGGGGUGUGGGGAAUCCCACUCACUAUUUGGGAAGUCAAGGAAGGCCAUAACUUUGCAGAAUUGGAUGAUAUUUGCAGGCAUACAUGCCCCUUCUGAGAGAAGUUUAUUGAGGGCUGGUGGGGGCAGUUGAAAGCAAGUCCCUUUCCUUCCUCAAAGCCUUGAAGCGUUGAAGAGUCCCCAACUGUUCUACUGUUCCCUUAUAAGACUUGGUUUCUAAACUCCUCAUUAUCCUGGUUCACCCUUCUCUGAACACACUGUUUAGUUGUUCAGUUCUGGGGAGCACGUGACAACAACACCCUCCUCCGUGCACAGCCUGAGCGUCACAGGAUCUUGUAUAUUCUUGGCAGCCCUCAGAACUAAGGUGCAGAACUCUAACGCAGGCUGUCUCUGUUCUUUCCCAGGAAGUCGUCGGCAAAGGGCUCAAGGCCAGCGAAUGGGUGCAACAGGUGUCUGGGCUGAUGGACGGCAGGGGGGGCGGGAAAGACCUCUCUGCCCAGGCCACUGGCAAGAACACCGACUGCCUUGAAGAAGCCCUGAAGUUGGCAACAGACUUUGCCAAGCUCAAGCUGGGUGAGCUGAAGAACUGA